GUUGAGAUGGCACCGUUCGUAUAAAGGCCCCCUAUAUCGUCGGCGGCAAAGGCGAGAGUGCAAAACAGCCGAUCGAUUACGAAAACCCGAAGCCUACUUCGCGGAGCACUUAAGAAAUCACUUUCACCCGUGACUACUUUGGAUGCUUUCACGGCCUCUAUUUCAAAAGCAUCACAGGAUGGGUGUCACUACAGCUCAUUCAAGAGAUAGACUAUUCGCCAAUUCGGCGUCUUCAUCAGCUGCUGGGAGUGUUGGCGUGCGCCGAUCGCCUGCCCCGAUCAUUGACAUUGGUGUCAAUCUGGCCGCCAAAGCCUAUUCUCCGUCCGCCCUACCCGCCAUCUUUUCCCGUGCAGCUGAGGCGGGCGUGACGCAUUUCCUCAUCACGGGUACCUCGCUCCGAGGAUCCAAGGACAGCAUAGCACUCUGUAAGGCCUUCUCCCCCGGCGGGCAGCGACAUGCUGAGGCUGGCGGCGUCAAAGUGGCGGCCACGGCGGGCGUGCACCCCCAUGAUGCGCAACGCGCUGCAAGCCAAAAGGGCUGGGUCGCCCAUCUUCGUACAAUGAUCGAGGAGAACACCCACUGCGUCAUGGCUAUUGGAGAGUGUGGCUUAGACUAUAAUCGCAUGUUCUCACCUAAGCAAGUGCAGCUCGACGUCUUUCGCGCGCAAAUGACCCUCGCAGCACAGGUUAGGUUGCCGGUAUUCCUCCACUGCAGAGACGCAUUCGAGGACUUUGCUGCCAUCCUUGCUGAGCCAGAGUACGCAUCCAUAAUAAAAGUUGUGCAUUGUCAUACCGACUCGGAUGCAAAACACCUCGACACGCUGCUGCAGCUCGGCGUGUACGUCGGAAUCACCGGAUGGAUCACGGACGACCGACGCGGUCGCGAGCUGGCUGAAAUCGUUGGGCGGAUACCGCUCGAAAAGCUCAUGAUUGAGACGGACGCGCCUUACUUGCUGCCACGCAAUAUGCCGCGACCCUGGCCGUCAAAUAACGAGCCGGCAUACCUGCCGUGGGUGCUCAAGAAGGUGGCCGAGUGCUACGGGAUAUCGGAGGUGGAAGUCGCGAAUGCAACAACGCACAAUGCCAAGACUGUGUUCAAGCCUCGGCCUAGGCAAUCAGCAGCUCCGCCACACUGAGAGCGCCAUCGAUGCUGUGACUGUAUCAGGAAUGCAUGAUGGUUAUGAUGCAUGCGUAUUAAACUUCGCAGCAAGAUUGUCUAUGGCUUUGGCCAGCUCCGAAAGCGCUGGCUAAAGCGCCGCCGGCUCCUGGGCUGGGCUGGAGGAUUCCCCCAUUGACUGUAACGGCCUGUCGUUCAUAAUAU